AUGUCCGUGUACACCCUUGGCGAUCGGGGCUACGCGAGGGCGGUCGUGAAGCUGCUGGACCUGGACGGCGCCUACUUCGGCGGCAGGGUCGUGUCCAGCGACGAGUCCACCAGGCGGGACAGGAAGAGCCUCGACGUCGUCCCGGGCGCCGACGCCGCCGCGGUGGUGAUCCUCGACGACUCCAGCCACGUCUGGCCGGAGCACCAGGAGAACCUGAUCCUGAUGGACAGGUACCUCUACUUCGCCGAUAGCUGCCGGACGUUCGGCUACAGGGUGAGGUCCCUGGCGGAGCUGAGGCGCGACGAGCGCGAACACGACGGCGCGCUAGCCGUGGCGCUCCAGGUCCUGACGCGCGUCCACCAGGGGUUCUUCGACUCCGUCCUCGGCGGCCGCUGCUCCGAUGUCAGGGAGGUGAUCAGGGCCGUGCGGAGCGAGGUGCUGCGUGGCUGCACGGUGGCGUUCAGCCGGGUCAUCCUGCUCGAGGACGUCGCCGGGGACCACCCCAUGUGGAAGCUAGCCGAGCAGCUGGGCGCCGUCUGCGCGGCCGACGCGGACGCCACGGUCACCCAUGUUGUCGCGCUGGAUCCAGGGACUGACAAGGCGCGGUGGGCACGGGACAACGGCUAG